CUUACAAUCAAAACAACCAAUCAGGGAACGUCUGUUAUAAAAGCACUUGCUCAGACAACGCCAUUUUUAAAGGAUUUCCUCAAAUUUCGGAAAGAAUUUUACCAAAUUUUUAUUUCAAACAACGUAAUUACACGUAGGACGUAUUGAAAUAAAGUACAAACAUUUUUUCAACAUAACAGUGCAUACUUUAACCAGGUUUGAAGGGACAGAUCAUCAAGAUAAUCGAUAAAAUGCCACGCAAAGGUAUGCACCCAACAUUUCAGAAGAAGCGAGUUGUCGAGUUGGAAUGCAUCUCUUGUGGGAAUGUCGUAUGCUCAAGAGGGAUGAAAGCGAUACUAUUAGCUGAUACAAAAGUUGAGCUAUACUCAACAGAUAGUCCUCCUAGUGGUGCUGUUGAUUUGGUCGGCCCUCCAUAUAGUACCGGCAAAUGUGACUGCAAAAUUAAAGAUGUUGCUUGUAUUCUAUGUGGUAAUGUAUGUGGCUACCACGUUUCGCAGCCUUGUAAACCAUGCCUUUCUUCCUGUAACAAUGGCCAUCUGUGGAUGUUCCACAGUUCAGCUGUUUCCAGCCUAGACAGACUUGAUGUUGCUGGUGAAGAGGUGCUAGUUUGGGGCAAACUGCCGGAGGCUGAACAUGACUUUUAUGGACAUACUUUAGAAAUGAUGGAGUGUGAACGAUAACAAUCCCCACCCCUCCACAAACACGCCAUUCCUCUCUUGUGAGAGGCGGGGAAUCUACUGGAUAGAUAGAAGCCCAGGAUUUGUAGAACACACAUGUGAUAUGUCAAAGCUAUUUUAAACAUAAGGGGAUAUUUAAAGGCUCCAGAAAACAGAGAGAAUCUACAGGUUGUGUCAUAAGGAAUACUGAGAUCCUGGUUCCAAUUGAAUUACUGAUAAUUGUGUUCAUUUUCUAUUCACGGUGCAGCUGAUACAAUCAGCUGGCUAGGAUUGAAAUUAACCGACUUCAGGUCCCUGUGUGGUACUAAUGGUGCACCCUGAGUAGUAUAUUUAAGUCAAACACAACACCAUUUUUUCAAGAACUUCAGUUUGUGCGAUGCAGUUAAAUGUACAUUUGCUCACAUGUUUUCAUAUUUUUCAUAAGAUGAACAAUUAAAACACCCAUGAUCACAAACAAAUAGAUUUAGAUAAUGAUGCACCUGAAAAAUUGUAUGAGAAGUAUAAUUUAAAUUACCUUUAACACAGAGUGACUCAAAGGGGAAUGUCAUAUGGACUCAACACAAUGACAUACUCCAUCAGUAACUCAAUGAGGACCACAUAGAGUA